AUGGCCAUCUCGACAUCCAAUAUCGUCCUUGUAUGUGCCAUUGGCAUCAUCUUGCUGGCAAGACCUGCUCAUGCCUUUGGUGCGGGUAACAUUGGUUCGACUUCGAAGAUUGAGGGUCAGAACUGGCGUCAUGGCGAUCUCGAGGACACUCUGCUCACAAUUGUGGCUGCUCGUGCCAUGGGCGGUAAGAAGUUCUCCAAACUUGAUGUCAAGAGAGUCUACUUUGGCAACUGGCUUCGUGAUUACUCCCAGGCUGUCGACGUCGGAACCGUCAAAUAUGUCAGCGCUGAAGCCAUCCGCAUCUUGCUCUGGGUUCUGGGUUUCUUGUCAUUUGGAUACGGCUCUGGUGAGUUUGAAGUGACCACUCAGAGACUUGGUUGCUAUCGACCUGAAGAACAUAUCGACAACCCAAAGGAUUAUGCAGAUAAUGAGGAUGCUCGACAGUACGAUCGCCGUCUCCGAGCUCCAAUUGAUGAGCGUCGCGAACUAUCAGUUGAUCCAGAAACUGGUCUUAAGAACUACAUUGCCAAUGAGCGAGCUGGCAUUGAUACUUCAGCAGGAUUGGUGAGAAAGCUCCUCGGUCAAUCAAUUGAGCUUGGUCGUCGUUAUUCCAGAAACAAGAACAAGAAGGAUCUUUACGAAGCACUUCGACUCCUGGGAACUGCAUCUCAUUGUCUUGAGGACUAUGCUGCACACUCUAAUUAUGUCGAACUUGCCUUGAUCGAAAUGGGUGAACGUAAUGUUUUCCCCCACGUCGGUCGCCGCACUGAGAUUCAACUCCGCGAGGCUCGCCACCCUGUCUUUCCCAUCGUCACAGGCACCUUUGGUGGUGUUGAUUUCCUCCACUCGGUCUGUGGUGAAUUCGAUGACAAGGCAACUCAAAGCGAAAUUGAGGAACUCGAAGGUACUUUGCAACAGUAUCAAAAUGGAAAUCAAGACAACAGUGUCCUUCAAGAUCUCCUCAACAAGAUUCCCGAUGGAGUUUUUGGCGGCAAAGAUGAAGCGGGCAAAGCGGAUGAACUGAAACAAAAUGCUGCUGCUCAUCAAAUGCAAAAUACCCGAAUUUCGCCAAGACAACCAGAAGAAUGGGCCAAUUACCUCAAUGAUGUCCAGAAACAGAUCUACCCAAUCAUCGAGUGGCAUGACGAGGUCAUGCAGUCCAUCACCGAGACUAUCGAGAACAUUCCCAUCUUGCCCGAUCUUAUCGAAUCUGUCCAGGAAGAAGUCAACAAAUUCGUGUUUUCCCUUCUUGCUCCAUACUUGCUCCCAAUCAUCAACCAGGUCAAGAAUGAACUCAAUACUGGAUCCAACGAGAUCAUUCAAUCCAGCAAGGACAAACAACAUAUCGUGUUCAAUGAUGACAACUCUUCAGACCCAACUCACUCGAUGCUUUCCAAAGAUCACUUCUCCAACAUUCUCAACGAGCCCGCUGGCAAAGUAGCUCGUCAAACCGUCCAAUGGGUUGUUCCUCAAAUCGUUGCCGCUUGGGACGAUGAUAACGUCAACGUCGACCGUACUCUUGAUCGAAUCAUCAAUGGCAUCCUCCAUCACCCUGCUCUCCGUGACUUCGGUCAAGAUGGUGCAAGUGACGGCCGUCGAUUGAUGUUUGGAGUUGUUGAGAACUGGUGGAGAGAGAAGAGUGACCGUGAGAAGGAUGGUUUGCGUGAUCAGCUCAGUCGCCGAGGUGUUGAGACUGGAAAGAAUCACAAAGAAGGAGUGCAUGAUCAUGGCCACGGCAGCAACAAACCACUCGGUAUGGCCAAUUUGAACAGUAAAGGUGGUCGUUCGUCGUCCUCCAACCAGACAGCCGAUAAGAUCGGUCAAGCUGCCGGCGCUGCUGUCGGCGGAGGUGUUUUGGGCUCUCUCGUUGGUAACAUUGCUAGCGCGGUGGGUGGCGAUCUCCUUGGAGGGGGUAAGAACCAGGACAAGGAGACCUACAAACGUGAUUCUUACGGACAAGAUGGCUCGCGCACUGAGACUGUCACCCAGAUGGGCCAUUCGUCAUCCGGCCAAUACGCCCAAGCUCAGUACAGUCGCACCACUGGAGCGGGUGGCGAGCGUCGUGAAGAGUACAAUCGUUACGAGCAGACCAGCUCUGGAGGUCGCAUUCAGAGCGAGUAUCAUCAUGAGGAACGUACUAGCGGUGGGCAAAUCCGUGAAGAAACUCGUCGCUAUGGUGACGACAAUGAUCGAAGCUCUUAUGGACGCAAUCAACGUGACGACAACCAAUCCUCUGGCGGAUACGGUGGUGGCCGCCAACAGCACGAAUCGCAGUCCUCAGGCUACGGUGGUCGUCAACAAGAGUCCAGCUAUGGCGGUCGUCAACAAGAGUCCAGUUAUGGCCAUCAACAGGAAUCAGGCUACGGCUCCGGACGUCAACAGGAGUCUAGCUACGGUUCCGGACGCCAGCAAGAAUCGAGCUAUGGCUCUGGUGGUAGUGGUGGUGGCUACGGACGUCAGCAAGAAUCGUCAUACGGCGGCCGCCAAGAUGAGUCAGGCUAUGGUGGCAGGAAGCAAGAAUCAAGCUAUAGCCGUCAAGAGCAAACCAGCAGCUAUGGCCGCCAACAAGAAUCGAGCUAUGGCUCUGGUGGAGGCAGCGGCUAUGGGUCUCGCCAGGAAGACUCAAGCUAUGGCGGUGGCCGUCGUCAGGAAGAAAGCAGCUACGGCUCUGGCGGUGGAGGCUACGGAGCACAGCAAAGCGGUGGCUAUUCCUCUCAAUCCGGCCGCAACAGGAAAGACGACUCCGAUGACGACGACAAGAAAUACAAGAAGAAAUACGGCAAGAAGGACGACGACUCGGAAGACGAUAGCCGCGGCGGUUAUGGCCGCCGUGGCAAGAAGGAAUCCGAUGACGAUGAUGACGACAAUAAACGCUACAAGCAACAGCAGUAUCGCAAGAAAAAGAGUGACGAUGAGGAUAGCGACGAUGACAAGAAAAAGAAGAAGUAUGGACGCGGAGGCGAUAGUGGUGGAUAUGGUGGAAGUGGUGGAGGUUACGGAGGUGGCCAAAGUGGUGGUGGCUAUGGCGAGAGCGGCGGAUAUGGUGGUGGGCAGAGUGGUGGAUAUGGCAGCGAACGCAGAGAUGAAUACUCUCGCUACUGA